CCGGCCCCGGCGCCCCAUGACGCCCAGCGGGCGCCCCGCCGGGCCCCGCCGCUCCCCCCAGGCCUGGACCGUGAAUUUGGUUACGAUGGAGACAGUGUCCCUGGAGCACCAGAUCCAGAGCGUGCAGCGGCACAUCGCUUUCCUAAAGAAGGAGCAGAUGGAGCUGCUUCAUGACCUGCACCUGGAGAUCCUCCGCUUGCAGAAGCACUGCGCAGAGCUCACCCAUGACCUGGAAAUGAAAGAGCUGGAGGCUCGCCAGCAAGAUGUCCUGGACCGAGAGCUGGAGGAGAAGUGCCGGGCGAUGGAGGCCCAGCUGCAGGAGAAGGAGAAGGACAACCUGGAGCUGCGCAAGGAGCUGCAGCACAAGGAGACGCUGGUGGCUGCGCUGCGCUCCAGCCUCCGCAGCAAGGAGCGCCGGUUCCUGGAGGAGCUGAAGCGCCGGAGCCACCGCGUCACCAUCCUCGACACGGAGCUGCAGAAGCAGACGGAGGCGGCCGCCUACCUGUCCCUGCAGCUGCACGCCACGGCCCAGCGCCUGCCGGGCCCCCGGGCGGGCGGGCGGCCGCCCCCCGAGCAGCCCCCGGCCGAGGGCAGGCCCCGGCGCCGCGGCCACAGAGCGCCCGCCCGGCGCCUGCCCGGGGACGGCGGCCGCCCCAGGGACCCGGUGCCGGAGGAGCACGAUGCCAUGCCCGACCCGGCCCUCUUCCUCUACACGUCGCGGCCCCGCGCCCCGCAGCGCCUGUCCCCGGAGCCCCCCGAGCCCCCGGCCCAGCCCCGCGGCCCGGCCGGCAACGCCCGGGGGCAGAGGCCGCCCCGGCAGCCCCCGCAGGACCCGGCGGCCAGGGCCAGGUCGGCCAAGGGCGAGCCCGGAAAGAGGCAGGGGGCCGGUGCCCACGGUGCCCCCCGGGCCCAGGAAUAGGCUCAGGAAUAGGGGACAGCGUGGCCCGACCGGCCGGGAAGGCCUGAGCCUGGCAGCACCGGGGCGGGCGCCGGCCAAGGUUCUUUUCCCCCAUCCCCUCGGGGGGUAAGGGGCAGCAGAAAGCAGGCGCCCUGCAUGCACCUCCCACCCACAGGACACCGGCGGGACUCCUCUGCCCGAAGGGUCUGAGCCGAGGGUGGCACCGGCAGAGCUGCGGGACAGGGGAGCACCCACCACCUGGGCUGUGGAGGGGACAUGGUCCAGCACCUGUCCAGAGCUUCCAAGGAAAGAAGGAGAGAAAGAAAAAGAGAAAGAGAGAGAGAGAGAAGAAAGAAAGAAAAGAAAGAAAGAAAGAGAAAUAAAAAGAAAGAAGCAAGCAAGCAUUUUUGUAAUGAGGAGAUCUUCCUGCUGCUGCUGCCCUCAGAGUGGGCACCAGAUGUGUUUUCUCUAGCCAGGGGUGCCAGGAGGUGUGUGUGCAGCAGCAAGGGGCUGUGCAGCGUGUGGCUUGGCACAGUGGGAUGAGCUCAGCCAGGCCUCCAACCCCGGGCAUCACCGACACUGGGCUGGCCUGGAGAGGGCCCAGGACAUCACCAGGAAGGUUCUCCAGGAUGCAGGAAGCUGAACAACAGUCCAUCCUGUGGGUGACAGAAGGAUCCCCUUCCACAGGGACAGUGCUGCCGUGCCAGCCAGGUCCCAUCCCGCACUCUCCUGUGCAGCAGUUUGGCUGUCUCCAAACCGUGUCUCCACACGGAUUUCCCCCACAUUACAUUCACACACAGGACUCAGACAAGGUGGCUGCACAAGAGCUGGAAGCACCCGUCCCACCAGUCCCCCGUGGCUCCUUGCCUGCCACAGCCGGGCUCCAUGUGCUGCUGGAGCAGGGCUGUUCCCUGUGCCCCCUGCACAGGGCUCUCGGCACCAGCAUUUCGGUUCUUAGUCACAUCUAACAGCCAGGUCUGGGUUUGCCACCAAGGGCUGAGCAGCCCCCCAGUCCUCCCUCACCACCUCCCGUCCCUCCCAGCACAGCAGCCAUAGGCAGCUGCCUUCACCCUGCUGGGGCAGCCUUGCCCGGUCUCCAACCAAACUGUCAGCUUUACAAUCCAUUCUAUGGGUGUUGUGAAACACCCCUAGGAGGGGAGGGCUCCGGUGGCCAGGCAGGGCAAAGGUCUCGCUGCUCAGGGCCUGUGCUGCUCGGGGCAAUCCAAGGGGCAGGUUUCACCCCAGCACGUGGGCUGCCAGCCCCGGCUGGCCCGGCUGUGCUGGGGCAGCGACACCCAGCCGGGACCCGACCCCUGCCCGCAGCCAGUGCCCUGCCUGGGUGGUGGGCAGCAGCCUCCCCCGGGACCCUCGCUGCCUCCACGGCUGGCACAGGCCGGAGGGAGCUGCAGGGGGCAAUCAGACCCCAUUUCCUUCCAGUUCGGUUUGAAACCUCUUCAAAGACAUCACCAUCAUAGACUAGUGAGGCUUGGCCUGCCCCCGCUCAGCCACAGUGUGCCCGUACAGUCAGAGCUGUCUAUUUUUGUAGUUCAAUAUUUAUAUACUCUAUUAAAAUGCUUUUAUGAGAUUUGCAGCAGCAGUGCCCAGGCCAGCUCUUUGGUAAAAAUGAACCCUGAAGCAUGUGAGCUGCACUAGCAGGGCAGAAAUUAGCAGCUUUUGUACAUUUUCUUUGGCUGUGAUGUGAAUAGUCAGGCUUUGGAAAGCAAGACCCCUCUUGCUCCCCCAGGGCACCCCUGAGGGCUUGGACCCCGCACUCCCCAGCUGCUCCCAUGGUCCCUAACACAUCCCUGGGUUUGGGAAGAAGUGCAGCAAAGCCAUGCUGGACCCUCCUUGCAGGACCCAGGCAGCAGCUGCCCUGGCUGAAGGCCAGCCAAGGUGUGCAGCUCCUGGGGCACAAAAGCUCUAGCAGGAAAUUUCUGAAGCCCCUGACAUGUCUGGAACUGCUGCCUCAGGAGCACAGAGCCCCCACCAGCCGCCACUGGCCCUCCCAGACUGUCACCCCUGCAGGAGGCUGCACAGAAGAUGGCCAGGGCACUCACAGGCCCUGGCAGAGCACUGCAUGCCCAGGCUGCCUGCCUGGGGCUGGCGGGGUGCAGGGCAGCAGGGGGGCACUGGUAACACCCCGCUGGGCUAUGAGCGCUGGCUGCAGUUGCACAAGAGAGAACACCCCAGAGCCUGGCUCCUGGCAAGGCUGUGGGAUGCUUCCCACCUGUUUCCCUUUGCACAGUGAUCUAAGGCAAGCUCUGCCAUGCCCCAGCUCUGGGGUGAGCCGGCUGUGCUGGGGGCCCUGCUGUCACCCACCCACAGGGGCAGCAAGAGGGGUUUGUCAGGCAUUGCAGGAGCAGCCCCAGGGCUGCAGCGUCGUGGUUCCAGGGAUGCCAUUUCCAUGAGGUGCCCUUGGCCUCUGGAAAUUGCUGUUUCUCUCAGGUUCUGAGAGGUUCUGCUGAGGGUUUGUCUCUCUGUUAAGGUGAAAGAGGGCAAUGUGUGUCCCUGCGUGCUCAGCUGUUCCUGCAGCUGUGGUGUGCACAGCUGCUUCUCCCGUCCUUCCUAGACAAUCCCGAUAGACACAAAUAUGAUGCAUUUUUAUUACAAACUCCUUGAUGAGAUCAUGGAGUUCAUGACUGACCUGAGCAUUGAAAAGGGGAGGGAGAAGUAUGAUCCUUCUUCUAUGUAAAUACCUUCCUAACAAUCAUCAUCCAUAGUGCCUAGUAUGUAAAUGAAUCAGCCCUGUCUGAGCUGCAGGAUCCUUUCCUCUCCACCACUAAUUAGCAGCUUGCUCAAGGAGUUGAUCCCAUUCCCAGUCCCCCAAUGCCUCUUCCUCCUCCCAGUGCUCCCAGUGCGGGUGGGCAGCUGGGCAGGCCCGGAGCCCCAGAGCCCCAGAGCCCACGGCCGGGCAGGCAGAGCCACCUGCAGCAAGGGGAGUGUUUCCCAAGGGGAUGGAGAGGGAGCACCCCAGUUCCCCCUUCAUGCCAACGUAAUGUGCUUGGAAAUGAGUUGUCAGGGUGAGGCCUGUGCUUUUCCCUGGGUGCAUUUGCCUCAGAGCAGGAAGGAUCAGCUCCUGCGUGCUGUACCUGCUUCAGUCACUGCUGCUUUUCUGGGGGAGAGGAUAGCUCUAGAGAUACUAUAUAUACACAUAUAUAUAUAUAUAUAUAUACACACACACAUACAGGCACUUGUUUUGAAGGGAAUACACUGUAUGAUUGUAAUAGAAAUGAUGUUGAGAUAAAUUAUUUUAAUCUUUGUAUUUAUAUAAAAUGAUCAAAGAGAUCAUGAAAAAAAAAAAGAUCCAAAAGACACUGUUCCUAUUUUUUGCUGAGAAGGCUGCUGGAGAUACUGCAAGCCCAGGAGCUGCCAGAGCACAGGCAGGGCCUGCCCUCCCCUCCUUGUGCUGGGGGCUCUAACAGACCCACCCCCCACUCACAUUGUAAGUGAGCCCUUAGCCUGUAAGGUGUAACAGGCAUCUGUAGGUGCAUUUAGUCUGUGCUCUGGACUCCUUGAGAAUCUAAAGGGUGCACACAGCUUUGACCUGCACCACACACCUGAGAGCACAGACCAAGGAGUGCAACCGCCAACACCUACGUGCUCUGUAUGGAACAGGCAGUGUUUGAUGUUGACUUGUAAAGUUUAAUGAUUAGACUGGAAAUGGAAGCAAAGCAAUAACGCUCGGUUGUUAAACGUCUUGUGUGUAAACCAUCACGUGCUGAGAGCCAUCUACUGACUAACAGCCGGGCUCCUCUCCUCUGCUCCCCCUUUUAUUCUGCAGCUCUGCCAAGGCUCAUGGAUUUGAUGUGUUGGGUUUGCUAAUCUCUUUUCAUUAUUAUUAUUAUUAUUAUUAUUAUUAUUAUUAUUAUUAUUAUUAUUAUUAUUACUACUACUAUUCCUAAUGCUGUCUGAGAAAGUGAUGUUGCAAAUGCACCUUGCGGCAGGUGCGGGGUGAGUGGUGGGUGGGUGAGAUGUGCCCGCCGCACUUGCUGCAGCAGAGGCGGUUCUGGUGAGGGGUGUGCACUCCCCUGGACUUAUUUCAGCCCCGUACAGAUUAGUCAGGAAGUUCUCUCUCUUGACCCUGUUAACUAAAAAGCCAUAUUUUCUGAAUGUGUUUGCUGGGACUAAUCUAAGUGCUUCCGGCUGCAUCCUUCCUAUCCCCGCUAGCCUCCUAACCUUCCCACUGCUGCAUGGCUCUGUGCAGAGACUGUCUGCACUGGGGCCAGGCCCCACUGCUUGGGGAAGCUUUGCCCAAGGCAGAGCCCAAGGCUUUCUGUGAACCGCCUUAUGGCAAGUGAAGCUGGGUUCAGGGCCCAGCUGAUGGGUGCUCUGGAGGGGCUGAGGGGUGGUCUCUCCGGGUGCCCAGGAAAGCUGGUAGUGACACAGCAUGAACUGGCUGGAGCCGGUGGUGUGCAGGGAGUGCUCUGCUCUGCACAGUGCAUCUCCAUGCACAAGCUCCCUAAAACGAGCUCCCAGAAGGCAGAGGAGCAGCAGCACUGCAGCUCUGUCCAGCACUUCCCAAGUUCUCCUCAAGCUCUCCCCACUGGGAAGGUAAAUCAGCAGCAUGACAAGGGACUUCCAUUUACAGGGCUUAGGUGAACCUUUCUGAGUCCUUGUGUGCAGCCUUGUGAACUGGCUCCUGCUGCCCCAGUGAAGCCCCAUGAUCUGCCUUUUUCCUAGAACAGCAGCCCUCAUGUCCCAGCAGCCGUGACGAGCCAGUCUCACUGUACUGAUGCCGCAGCUGCCUCAGUGCACGCCUGUUCUUGUCACUCUCCUGCACUGUCAGUGCCUGGCUGCCAAGUCCUACAGGGAAUGCAACAGGAGGAGAGAGAACUCCCUUAUGCCCAUGGAUUGCCUCAUGCUGUGGGUAAGAUCAGGAGUGCCAGUGUGCCCGGCUGGGUGAGCAGGAGCAGCCUGGGAUCGAUGAGCACAGCGGCCACGGAGGAGCUGCCAGACACUGUGGCCUGUAAAAGCACAAAGAUCAAAGCGCCGUGUCCCCUUGCUGUCAGAGGUGCCCUUUGCUCCUCAGGACCCUGUUUCUGCCUCUGUCUCCUCUCCUCCUGCCCUGCAGGGAUGCUGCUGUCCCAGCCACAUGAAGGGACGGUGCCACUGGACAGAAGCACCUGGAGGGGCACACUCGGUACUGCCACCACAUCCAGUCCCUUCCUCUCACCCUCCCUCCCCUCGCCCCUUUGGGCAGGAACAGGAGCACGAAGCUGCCAGUGUGUGAGAGGUGCACCCAACCCACACCCAAGUGGUGCCUGGUCCUCCCUGGACAGGGUGUGGUGAUGCCUCCUGGCUCUUCCUGAUAGAUUUCCCUGAUCUUGUGACUUCCAAAAAAAGCUCCCCUUUCCCGUCAUUACAAUUAUUGCAGGACUUAGACCAUUGGGCCAUGGAAAUACCCAAAAUGUUUGCAUGUCUGAAGCAGCAGACUCUUUCUGCAGCCCUGUGGGGACGAGCACUAUCUGUAUGUUUCAGAGUCACUGUCACCCCAGUCUGUGCAGAGGGUCUAACCCUCACAGUGUGGGGACAUCACCCCUUCCUGGCCAGAGCUGUGCUGGGACCAUGGGGAGGCCUCUGGCACAGGAAGGAGGAGGGCAGCACCCAUGGUACCUGCUCCCCGAGCAGCUGCAGUUUCGUUGGAGCAAAAAUAUUGUCCUUGGCUGAGUUUGCAAAGCUCAGUGAGAACAAUAAAUGCCUGUGCCUCAUGCUGGGGAGCGCCGUGGAGGGACAGAUGCCAAAGGUUUGACACUGCUCUGCUUUAUUUGAAUGUUCAUUUUGCUACAUGUCACCAUUAUUUGCCAGGAUGAUGUUCAUGUUGACUUUGCUUUUUAACCAAGUGCUUUUCAAAAUGUGUUAACAUCAGAAACUAGAGUAUGGAGCUGUACUUUAGGAAUUGUUGUAAUAUGCCUUUUUCUUAAUAAAGAGAUUGAAAUCUGCA